AUGUUUACUGUCCGUUGUUUUCAUAUUCUCUUCCUCAUUUUAGCUACAUAUAGUCAUGCAGUGUCCAUUACUGUUGGAUCCUGUAAUCUUUGGAAUGUCAUGUUCAACUGGAAAACAAGAGUCCAACAUAUUGCUGACAUUAUUAAGGAAAAUGCCAUUGACAUCGUAGCUUUCCAGGAAGUGCGGCUGACAGAAAAGGAACAUCCUAGGAUGAUUUCAUCUCAGGUGGAUGAAUUCAAGCUCUUGCUGCCAGAGUACAGGUGGUUUGUUGUAAAGUCUGCUGGGGUUGUUGCUAUGAACAGUGAUGCCUACAGGACUGAGUGGGGACAAGAAGGUCUGGCAAUCUUGAGCCGAAAACAAAUACUUUCUUCAUCGGUGAUCAGCAUGACAAAAGCAUCCAGCUCCGACAGAAAUCCUCGAGUUGGUGUCCAGGUGAAGAUUAGGUUGGGCCCAGACAUUGAGGAUGUUGUUGACAUCAUCGUUGUCCACUUCUCUUACGACCGCCAGCAGCAGUGCCAGAAUGCUGUUGAUGUCUUAAAAAUCACCUCUGGCUUUCAAGGUCAGAAUAUUAUUAUUCUCGGAGACUUCAAUAUUUACCCAGAUUUUGAAGCUCCUGUGGAACUGUUUACGUCAAGGAGACAUUCAGCUUGCUCAGUAAGCAGUAGUGUUACCUCCCUUCGCGGAUUGUUCAAGGAUGUUUGGUUAUCAGCUGGCAGACGGCCACAGGAGGGACUGACUUUCAGCAACAUGCCAACCCCAGGUCUGGUAAGCCGGCCUGAUAGAAUUCUAGUUUCAAGAAAUAUCACAGUAGAAGAUGCUGGUCUGGCAGGAAACGGAACAAAUUAUAGAAAAUACUAUUACCAAAAUGUGAUCAUCAGCCGAGCAAAGACUGUCUUAAGAACUUCCUUUGAUGCUUUCAUGGGUCGAUCAGGUUACUCGUGUCUUCAAGACUGUGGACCUCACGGCUCCUGCAGAUGUGGUAUUUGUAUUUCAGGGGGAAACCAGGAUAAUUGUAAUGUCCCAGAUUGUGUUGAAUGUAAUAGUUUUAUUUUUGUUUCAUUCUUGGUCUUUCUGAUUCCGUUUGCAAUCUGUCUUCUAGUCUUAUUUUUUUCUGUUUUAAAAAUUUUAAUUGUAUCCACUAAAGUAGGUCACAAAGACAUUCUGGAACUCUGUGGGUAUCGUUGUUGUUUGUUUAACAAAAAUCUGUUUAACUUUCCAACAGUGCCUCGGAAGUACAAAAUUAAAGCCACACAAUUAUUCUGUUUAUGCAGGCUUCCUCCUGUCUUGCUGCUGCUUGUCAUGUUGGCUUCACUGCUUGUGUUACUUCUGUUGAUGAGAUGGUUCUUUCAUAAGGAUAUUCAGUUAAUUUAUUCACUGCUGCCCGAGGAAAUGUUUCCAUCAGAUCAUCUUAUUGUGUUUACAAGAUUGAGAUUGUAA